CCUUCCUCCCUUCUUCCUCCCUUCCUUCUUCCUCCCUUCUUUCUUUCCUUGUUCCUUCCUUCCUUCCUUCCUGGAGCUGUUAUCAGGCCUUCGCCAGGGCCCCCCAAUUGCUCCGGCCGGAGCUCCUUUGCACCCGGGCUGGAGGGAAACCACCUGUUUGAAGUCGAGAAAGGUGCGUCGGUGAAGUCACGUGCCUCCUGACCUGGGUCAGCGUCCUUCUGAAAAGCAGUUCUUCCUGCGCCCGCGAGCCGAGAAAGUCUGUGUCAUAGAUCACAUUCCCCUGCAAGAUGCACCCCUUCCAAGCUGGUUGCAGUAAUCUGAGAUCCGACUUCGGCCGACAGUAUGCGUGGAAUGUACUCUGCCCACCUUGUCCCCCAUGACAAUGCCGGGAGUUGACAGGUGUAAACAACUGAUCAGCUGAUCCUCCUGUCCAAGGUGGAAGUUUUGCACCAGACAAAUUUUGAUGGUGGUUGACAACUCCGGAUCCGGGAUGCUUCGUCGGCCAAAUGGUUUGCCACCUGCUGAGCAGCAUGUUCAGGAUGGUGGAGGACAUCCUUCACCUGCCUCGCGAGGGUCCAGUUUCACAUCUCUUCCACAUCAUUCGAGGGCCGGAGUCUCCGUGGAAACCCCGGGUCUUAGGCUGGAUGACUUUAUUCCCUCAUACCUCCAGAAGAGCCCCUCUAUCCAUAGUGGGAGUCUCACCUCUCCGCGGGCCACGUCCACCCCACAGAGUGAAUGGAGCAUCAAGUAUUACAGAGUUCCCGUGAUUCGCAAUUGUGGGUCCAAUACCCUAAAUUUUGAAUUCCACGAUACAACUCCCCGCCGAGUGUACAAUGGGAUAUCCCAGCCAUGGAAAACAACUCAGCAGAGUUCAGCGAAUAAUUGGUACCCAACCUGGCCUGCUAAAGAAAUUAGACCACUGAAAAAUGAACCGGCUCAUUCUCCUUACUUGGCUGGUUCAGUCAAUUACCCGACUGUGAACGGCGUAGCACCACCAGGCUGGUCAGCAACCUGGACAAAAGAUGGCAAGAGAAAGGAGAAACGUUGGGUGAAGUACGAUGGGAUCGGGCCAGUGGACGAGUCUGGGAUGCCCCUUGCCUCUCGAUCGAGUGUAGACAGUCCCAAGGACUGGUACCGCAGCAUGUUCCAGCAAAUGCACGGUAAACUUCCAGAAUCAGAUCUGGAUUGGGAUCCCUACAAAUCAAGAGAUCACGACCCUCCAGAGCUGAUGAAAAAGAACCAACCUCCACAGAUAACCUCAAGCAGUUCCUCCCACCAAAAGAAUUGGAGUAAUUGGGAAACUGCAGAUGCCUCCAGCAACCAGCCCAGGAGCAUUUUUGAUUAUGAACCCGGGAAGUCGUCCAUCCUUGAUCAUCCUACUUUGGCCAAGGAACCCUUAACGCCAUCUUCAGCCCGAUGCCCAUCACCCUCUCUGCCAAUUGAGGAGCUUCUGGAGAAGGAACUGAAGCAGCUCAACGAAGAGUUGGACCAGGAUAUUAGAAACCUGGAGCAACAGGAACUUAUCCGCAAGAAUUCCACGGCUGGUUCCUCUUCCUGCCUCUCUUCCCUGGCCUUCCCUGCCCACUGCCCAUUGUCCACUUCUAGUGUCCAUUCUUUAGCCUCGGACCACAUACCAGUCAGCCCAAGAAUGGAGAAAGGAAGCCCAGGUGUCACCAGGAGUACCUGGAGCAACUCUCUACCCAGGAACGACCCUCUGAGACUUCCUGGGCAAAGUCCUUUUCUUGAUUCGUCAGAAAUCCUUCUAGAUAGUCCUCCCAAGAGAGACGAGAAGAAGAUGAAAGCUGCUCGUCUCAAAUUUGACUUCCAAGCAGAAUCGCCAAAAGAACUGACCUUACAGAAAGGUGACAUUGUCUACAUUCACAAAGAAAUAGACAAAAACUGGCUUGAAGGAGAGCACCAUGGCAGGGUGGGCAUUUUCCCUGCUAAUUACGUGGAGGUUCUGCCUCCAACCGAAAUCCCCAAGCCCAUCAAAGUGCCCUCCAUCCAAGUCUUGGAGUAUGGGGAAGCAGUGGCCCAGUACAACUUCAAAGGAGACCUGGCAGUAGAGCUGUCCUUCCGAAAGGGUGAACGUAUCUGCCUCGUCCGUCAGGUAGACGAGAACUGGUAUGAAGGUCGCAUCUCUGGCACAAACCGCCAGGGUAUUUUCCCCGCCAACUAUGUCCAGGUGGCGAAAGAGCCCAGGGUGAAGAAUUCGGAGGAAUAUCCUCCCUCCCCGGGCCUCCCAGCCCAUGCCAGCUCAUCCCCCCAGGCACAUGCACCCGGUCUGGCCAGUAGGUGGCAUUCUGAGACUUCCCCUUCAAGCAUGCCAAGCACUCUGGCAUCAGACCUGCUCUCCUUUUCUUCCUCCUUCUCCUCCUCCUCUGCCCCCUCUGGAUUCACAUUUCCCGUCUCUCCAAAAUUUGAAAACCCUGAGAUACCAACUCACAGGAUCCAGGAUGCAGCCAGAGCUGGCACUUUCAGCCCCCAGAGUCAAAGCCCAGGAAAAAUGCCCAGUGGUAGCCCCCAGUCUCCCACAUCUGUUCAGAUGAUGGACACACCACGACCUCUUCCUCCUGUAUUGACUUCCCAAGCACGGACUUCCAUUCCGCCACAGAAUUCCGCCCUCGAGACAAUAUUUUCCCCAACCUCAAAGCUGCAGAGCCCCCCACUAGCCGCCCGAGACCCCCCCUCUGGCAUCCAGUGGACUCCGUACCAGGCUAUCUACCAGUACCGACCUCAGAAUGAAGAUGAAUUGGAACUUCAGGAAGGUGACCGGGUCGACGUUAUGCAGCAGUGUGAUGAUGGCUGGUUUGUGGGGGUCUCUAGGAGGACGCAGAAAUUUGGAACCUUCCCUGGGAAUUACGUUGCUCCCGUGUGACCAGCAGCCUCUCCCCUCCCUGCAACUCUACCAGAACCUUCUGCUCCUAGGAAUCUUGCCUUUCUUGGAGAAGGGCCC